UGUUGGCGAAGAUGUGGAUGAUGGGUUACAAUGAUGGUGCCGAGUUCAACAUGCCUGCUUCCUUCAAUGGUAGGAAGCUCAGGCCUUUAAUCCCUCGACCGAUAUCUUCUCCUAACAAUGAUGAGCGCUCCGACUUUUUUGCACUGAAUCAUCAACUAAGUAUGGGGGACCAAAACAAGAGGGAGUUCAAUACACAACCAGCAGUUGUGGUGAGCUCGAGGUGGAAUCCAACGCCGGAACAGCUAAGAACACUUGAAGAGCUUUACAGACGAGGCACUCGAACCCCAUCGGCUGAUCAAAUUCAGCAUAUAACAGCGCAGCUCCGUAGAUAUGGUAAGAUCGAAGGGAAGAACGUGUUCUAUUGGUUCCAGAACCACAAGGCAAGGGAACGCCAAAAACGGCGCCGGCAAAAGGAAUCAACUCAAGAUGAACACAUACGCAAACCCGACUCCUUGGAACGAAAGGAUUCAGAAACGAAUAGGACAACUUAUGAAGUCGAACAGACCAAAAACUGGGCACUCUCUACAAACUGCAGUACACUAGCAGAGGAAUCUGUAUCAAUAAAAAUGGCAGCAAAGGCAACAGUGUCAGAGUGUAGGGCAGAUGGAUGGUUCCAAUUCGAGGAAGGGGAAUUACAGCAGAGGAGAAACUUUGUGGAUAGGAAUGACACGUGGCAGCAGCAUAAGAUGCAAUUCCCUUACCCUCCUAGUCCUACUCCUAGCCCGGGUACUGGUCUUAGCUCCACUACGCCCACGGCAGCGAUUAGCACUGCGACCACCGCCAACCCCACCGUCUGCGCGAUCAGACCAAUGGACCCAAAGCACCACCACAUUUUCAAGACGCGUGAUCUCAACAUCUUUAAAUCCCCUUGCAGGCAAAAUGCAAACGUGCUUGACCACUUCAGCCAUGAAGCUGUCGACUCUCAAACCCUACAACUCUUCCCUCUUCGUUCCGAUAACUCCAAGGAAAAGAAGAACGAGAUAUCGGUCACAACCGUGCACACAAUCGACAACCUCGGUCCUAACUGCCAGUUUUUCGAAUUCCUUCCUUUGAAGAACUAAAAACCAACCAAGACAUGCUUUUUUUUUUUUUACUUAAUUUGCUACGUAGGUAAAAUUAGAGAUGUCGGGUAAUGUUUAGG